CCCCUGGUUCCUCUUUCCCACUGACUCCAGGAGCAGGUCAGCCACACAACGCCAGGCCUCUCUAGCGAGGCUGCAGGGGUGCAGUGUCCAACAUGGCCGCCCCAGUACAGGCCCCUCAGUUGCUUUUGCUGCCGCUGCUGCUGCUCACCCUGCCAACAACAGGCUCAGACCCUGUACUCUGCUUCACCCAAUAUGAGGAAUCCUCGGGCAAGUGCAAGGGCCUCCUUGGGGAAGGUGUCAGUGUGGGAGACUGUUGUCUCAAUGCUGCCUACGCCUAUCAGGAGCCCGGCAGCAAGCUCUGCCAGGCAUGCAGGUUCCCGCGAUGGUCACCAUGGUCCGCGUGGGCCCCCUGCUCAGUGACAUGCACUGAGGGCUCCCAGCUGCGGCACCGGCGCUGUGUAGGCCGGGGUGGGCAGUGCCCUGAGAAGGUGGAGCCAGGGUCCCUCCAGUGGCAGCUGCAGGCCUGCGAGGACCAGCCAUGCUGUCCUGAGAUUGGUGGCUGGUCCAAUUGGGGGCCCUGGAUGCCUUGCUCUGCUACGUGCUCCAAAGGGACCCGGACCCGUCAUAGAGCAUGUGACCAUCCCACCCCCAAGUGUGGGGGCCACUGCCUAGGAAAGGCACAGGAGUCAGAGGCCUGUGACACCAAGCAGGUGUGCCCCACACACGGGUCCUGGGCUGCUUGGGGCCCCUGGGGCCCCUGCUCAGGCUCCUGCCAUGGGGGAAACAAUGCACCUAUGGAGAGACGAAGCCGCACGUGUUCUGCACCGGAGCCCUCCAUGAAGCCUCCUGGGAGGCCCUGCCCAGGGCCAGCCAGUGAGCAGCGGGGCUGCACUGGCCUGCCAGCCUGCCCAGUGGCUGGUGGCUGGGGACCAUGGAGCCCUGCAAGCCCCUGCUCUGUGACCUGCGGCCUGGGACAAACCAUGGAACAGCGGACAUGUGAUCAGCCUGUGCCCCAGCGUGGGGGCCCCUUCUGUGCUGGUGAUGCCUCCCGGACUCACAUCUGCAACACGGCUGUGCCCUGCCCUGUGAAUGGGGAGUGGGGGCUCUGGGGGGAGUGGAGCAUCUGCAUCCGCCGGAACAUGAAAUACAUCAGCUGUGAGGAGAUCCCAGGGCAGCAGACACGCUCGAGGAGCUGCAAAGGCCGCAAGUUUGAUGGACAUCGAUGUGUCGGGGACCAGCAGGAUAUCCGGCACUGCUACAACAUCCAGCGCUGCCCCUGGAAAGGCUCGUGGGCAGAGUGGAGUACCUGGGGGCUGUGCAUGCCCCCCUGUGGACCCAACCCCGUGCGCACCCGCCAGCGCCUCUGCACGGCCCCACUCCCCAAGUUCUCGCCCACUGUCACCAUGGUCGAAGGUCAGGGCGAGAAGAACGUGACCUUUUGGGGGAAACCUUCGACGGUGUGUGAAAUGCUGCAGGGGCAGAAGGCGGUGGUGGAGGAGAAACGGCCGUGUCUACACGUGCCUGCUUGCAAAGACCCUGAAGAUGAGAAGCGCUAACAUCUCAACCCCCCUACUCUGACCCCCUGACCUCCCCAACCUCAAUAAACCAGCCACUUCCCCAGGA